AUGAACGGCGCCACUCCCGCGCGCAGAGGGCCUGGCGGGUUUCCUGCAACACCACAGAUGUCGAAUCGCUCGCCCGGCGUGCGCAGCCCCAGUGCCUCCACACCGUCGCGACCAAACGCGCGGUCGCCCAUACAAGAUGUUCCCAGGGCUGCACCUGCGCCGCAAAGCUCAGGGCCUGUCAUCCCGUCCGAGGUCCUCGAUGCGGCACAGCAGCGCUUCUACCUAUUCGCCAUCUACAUGGCCCUAUGGGCCUACCGUUCCUAUGACUUCUACACACUCGCCGUCGAGGAGGACGAGUCGCUAUGGCUGUGCCUCAAGUGGUGCUUCUUCGACAUGAUCUUCAUGUUUGGCGUCCCGCUGCUGGAGAUUCCCUGGCUGGAGUGGAGCAACGGCGCUGCCUUUCUGUUGUUCGUGGUACACGCCGCGCUCGACGUCAUGCUCAUGUUUCGCAUUGGCAUACCGGUCCAGGCGUGGGCUGUCAGCUUGGUCGGCUUCCUGUGGGACAGCGAGCUUGCCAUUAGCGAGCGCAGCGUCAAGCCAGGCUCUAUCCUGCACAACGCCUCGCUGAUCCUGGGAAAGCAGAUCGUCAACAUUCUGCCCGAGGGAUCCGCAAUCCUGAACCCCAACAAGGAGCCAUUCUGCCUGAACUCGACCGUCACCCAUCUGGAGAUCCCCAUCAUGAUCAACCAAACCGAGCCGAUCGAAAUGGAGCUUCUGCGCAUCGACUUCGAGACCAACGUCAACGAGACCAUCACAAUCAAGAAGUCUGAGCUCGGCAAGAUGCUCAAGAAGGCGCGGAAGUCGACGAGAUCUGCGCAUCCCGACGAUCCAUUGACACUGCGAUACACCGUAAAGAAACCGGGUGUGUACUUGCUCCAGAAGGUCCUAGAUCACACGAAGCUUCAAGUGCGACCGCGCGCGGCUAGUUUGAUUGUCGCGUCCUGUCCGCAAGCCCGAGUGAAGCCGACAGGCGACAGCCGCUGCCGUAACGAUUUGUCCAAUGUUGCGCUGGAAGUCGAGGGUACGCCACCGCUCAACAUCAAGUACCAGUUAUCAGUGAACGGCAAGCCACGCGGUGUGUCCGAGUUCCAUAAUCUGCAACCCGACGACGUCAUCUCCCCUCUGUCACGACACAAUCCACAAGCAUUGGUAAAGCAUGGGCGCGAGGACGUUUCCUGGGCGCGAUCGCAAAAGGUCUCUGUUCCUCUAAACGAAACACUCUCCACUAGCGGUCGAUGGGAGUACGAAGUGGUGGAGGUGCAGGACGGUCUAGGCAACAUUGUUGACUUCGUAAACGUCGACGACGAUGAGCGGCCAAAGGCCAAAUUCUACGGGAUUCGUCAGUCGUUCGAAGUUCGUGAACGACCAAAGGCUUACUUGAGAGGCUGCGAUCCUUCGAGACCACUUAGAGUGGCCAAGGGUGAGGUCGCCCGUCUACCAGUCCACUACGGUUCCACCGGCAAGCAGGCCAUUGAAGGCGCACACGCCAUUGAGUAUCUGUUCACACCAGAGACGGAUAUUGUCAACAAUGGUUACCACAGCCCAAAUGCUGCAUUGAAAAGGCAAACCAUGCGAACCAUUCGGGAACAGCCGCUGAUUUCUAACGCUGGUCUUUACACGAUCAAGACUGUGUCUACUGACUUCUGCGAAGGAGAGGUGCUCGAGCCAGCCUCGUGUCUACUCCAAAAUCCUCCGGAGCCAGGUCUCUCUUUGACCAGCGAAGACAUUGUAGACAGAUGUGCCGGCAACCCUAUUGGUCUGCGCGUUGGUCUUGACCUUAUCGGAAGCCCACCCUUCGUGAUCAAGUACACGGAACACAUCAACCACCGAAAGAUUCCGAGGGAAUUGCAAAUCGCCACUCUCCGAAGCACGGCUGAUUUCACACCUCAGGACGCAGGUCACUACAAGUACACCUUCGAGAGCAUUCGUGACUCCGUCUAUAAGGAUACGCCUCUGCGGAAUCUUGAGUUGCAACAGAACGUUAGGCCGUCUGCGAAGGCAUCAUUUGUGGACAGCAAGCGAACCAAGCAAGUCUGCAUCGAUGACUCGGUAGACUUUGACGUCAAGCUGUCAGGAGAGGCGCCUUGGAAGCUGGAGUACGAGCUUGUACACAACGGUAAACGCACCAAGCGCACCGUUGAGACAGAGGAAGAGUACUACACCAUUAGGACUGAGAAGCUCCGCAGCGGUGGCGAGUACAUCGUGACCUUGGCAAGCAUCAGCGACAAGAUGGGUUGCAAAGAGUAUCUGAGGGAGGAGGCCAGGGUCAAUGUACGCCAUGAGCGACCCAAGGCCUACUUUGGACACAUUGAAGGCAAGCAAGCGAUUAUGGCGCUUGAGGGUAGGACGAUCGGUCUACCUCUUCGUUUUACUGGCAAUGCACCCUGGCGGCUAGAAUACGAGAACUUGGAUACGAAGGAAGUUAGGAAAGAGACUUUCCAAAACGCAAACGCAUUCCUGGACGUAAAGACAGAUGGCACAUACCAGCUGCUUUCGGUCAAGGAUGCCGUUUGCCCUGGACUGAUCGAAGAGAAGGCUGACCAGUUCUUGGUUCAGUGGGUUGCUCGACCCAAGCUGACUGUUCCUGAGUCAGACGCUAUCGUAUUCGAAGGCGGCAAAUACACGAAAGAGCCAGUCUGCGAAGGAGACGAAGACGCGCUGGAGGUAUCGCUUCAUGGAAACGCUCCGUUCGACGUCUCUUAUCAGACACAACAGAACGAUCCGAAGGGCAAGCUAGUGUCAGUCAGGAACAAAGACUUACACGUCGCAGGAGGCGCUGCCUCAAUCCGAGCAGAGACGUCGCAAGCCGGCACUUACGAGUACACCUUCCAGAAGCUGGCCGACUCCAGAUACAAUCAUUCCAAGAAGCACUUCUCCCCAGUCACCAUCAAACAGACUGUCCACCCGCGCCCUAGCGCUCGCUUCGACAAGCCAGGAAAGACAUACAGCUACUGCUCUAGAGAAUCAGAAGGCGAAGAGGUCAUCCCGAUCACAUUCGAAGGUGUUGCGCCGUUCUACCUGGAAGUAGAGAUCAAGCAUCAUGGCACACCAAAGCCCGAAAUCAGCAUGCACAAGAACAUCCCGACGAACAAGUACGACCUCAAAAUUGAGCACCGCAAGCUGCAUCUCGGACACUCUUCCAUCUCUAUCCGCAAGAUCCGCGACUCGCGUGGCUGCACGCUUAAGCCUGCUCCCGGUGGUCCUCGCGUGCAGAUCAGCGUGCACGAUGCACCCACCGCCACCGCUCUGGAAGACCGUACGAACUUCUGUGUUGGCGAACGCCUCUCGUUCGCACUCGGUGGUCAGGUUCCGUUCACUGUCUACUAUACAUUCGAAGGCCAGGAGCGCAAGGCAUCGAACGCAGGCACCACCUUCCGACGUCUCGCGGAGCUUCCCGGUACAUUCACCAUCACUGGUUUGCGCGACUCGGCAUCUGAGUGCCUUGCGUCACUCGACCUUACAAAGAAGAUCCACCCCAUUCCCUCGGUCCGCCUGUCGGGUGGUCGUGUCGACGAAAUUGACAUCCACGAAGGUGGAGGCACCGAUCUUGAGUUUCAGUUCUGGGGCACUCCGCCAUUCGAGUUCACCUACACAAGGAGCACGAACGCCGCGCGUGGCAAGAAGAGCAAGGUCCUCGAGAUCCGCACAGAGGUCAGCCACGAGAUGAGCAUGCGCAUCCCCGUACAGGAGGAGGGUACGUAUGAGGUGGUCAGCAUCAAGGAUGCGUGGUGCAGCUUUGCUCGCAACGAUAUCGAGGGUUUGGAGAAGAGCAAGGGUGGUGCUCAGAAGUUGCUGCAGUUCUAA